GCAGCAGCAGCAGCGAGGAGCGACGCGGCUCAAUUCCACAGUUUUAGCCGAAACUAUGAUCUCAUUCCCGGAUGUCUCCAUCUCUUCGAUCCCGUUCACUUUAGUUGUUAUGUGUUUUUCUUUAUAAGUUUUUUUUUAUUAUUACUAUUGUUAUUUUAUCAUUUUAGUGAGUUUUUUUUUUCCCUUUUUUUUUGAAGUGGGGGAGCAUGUGUUUAAUUUCGCGGGGAUUGCAGAGGUGCCAGAGGGAGUGAGUUUGGGCACUAUGCGCCGCUGGGAUCUGAUUUGCUCCAGGAAGGCUUAUGGAAUAUUAUAGCCCGGUUUUCCACAGCCUGCAUGCCUUCUGGUCCAGCCCCGUGAAGAAGAAACUUCUCCUGCUCAGCAUCAUGUUCGUAGUCUGGGUUUACAUGCUCUACUCCUGCGUGGGCUACUGCUCCACCGUGCCCGGCUUGGUGAUGGUGGACACCCCGCGGGGCAAGGAGACGGCUCCGGCGACGGCCAGGAGGUCGGACCUGGUGACCAGACUGCUGGCCAAGCCGCAGCCCUGGGAAGACGUGGAGAGCGACUACGAGGAGCCGUCCAUCAGGACCGCGGCGUCCAGAGACCUGCUGGACGCGGAGAGAGACAGAGUUCCGGAUCCGAGCGCCAUGUCCAGCUUCUCCAACGGCUCCGGGAGCAAGAAGCUGCCGCAGGCGAUCAUCAUCGGGGUGAAGAAAGGAGGAACGCGGGCUCUGCUGGAGUUCCUGCGGGUCCACCCGGACAUCAGGGCCGUGGGAGCGGAGCCGCACUUCUUUGACCGCAACUACGAGAACGGACUGGAGUGGUACAGGGAUCUGAUGCCGAAAACCCUGGAGGGCCAGAUCACCAUGGAGAAAACACCCAGCUACUUUGUGACCAGAGAGGCCCCGGCGAGGAUAUCGGCCAUGUCCAGAGAUACCAAACUGAUCGUGGUAGUGAGGGACCCCGUCACCAGAGCUAUCUCUGACUACACACAGACUCUGUCUAAGAAGCCCGAUAUUCCCUCUUUUGAGAGUCUCACCUUCAAAAACAGGACUACGGGGCUCAUUGACACCUCAUGGAGCGCCAUCCAGAUCGGCAUCUACGCCAAGCACCUGGACAACUGGCUGCAGUACUUCCCCAUGGACCAGAUCCUCUUUGUGAGCGGCGAGCGUCUGAUCAGCGACCCGGCCGGAGAGCUGGGCCGCGUGCAGGACUUCCUGGGCCUCAAGCGGAUCAUCACAGACAAACACUUUUACUUCAACCAGACCAAGGGAUUCCCGUGCCUCAAGAAGGCAGAAGGCAGCAGUAAGCCCCACUGCCUGGGAAAAACCAAAGGGAGAACCCAUCCGAACAUUGAUCCCGAGGUGGUGCAGAGGCUACGGGACUUCUACAGGCCCUUCAACAUGAAGUUCUACCAGAUGACAGGACAUAACUUUGGUUGGGAUUGAAGUCAAGAAAGACUUUCUUUUUUUUAAUUUUAUUAUAGGAGUUUUUUUUUUUUUCUAUGUAAUUCGUUGGCAAAAAAAAAAAAAGGUGGAGAUAUUCCUAUAUAUAUGUAAAAUGUACAGAAAUCUAUUUUAUAAUAAUUUAUUUUUAUUUCUAAGCAAUUAAUUCACUAAGCUGCCUAACCAGAUUUGUACAUAACAUCUGACUCAUGUGUUAUUUUAACAUUCCUCAUCUUAGGUUGGAUUUCUCUGUCUCCCCACCUGUAGUCCUGUAAAUUCCUGGUGCUGCACAACGCAGUUGAUCAGCAACGACUGUUGUCGAAAAUGUUUUAGAAUAACUACUAAGGUAGAGAUGCAUCUAUCAUCUAUCAGAAUUGCCCGAUCGAUUCCCUUGAUCAUCUCUGAUCUAUUGAUAUUUUUUCGCACUAUUAAUUAAAUGCAUCAUCACAAAGAAUUCCCUCUUUUAAAACUCAAAAUACACAAGCAAACUGUGUGUAUUUUGAUUCAUUUUUUUUUUUUUUUGCUGUUUAAAGAUAAAGAUUGGAGCUACAUGGUUUUAUGCAUUAAAUGGGAACAUUUUUUAAUCCCUUCAUUUUUUGUUGGAUUCAAAACUGCUACCUCUGUUUUAUAACUUUUAUGUGUUAUUUCCCCUUUGUAGAAAAAUUAAGAUCGGCAUGUCAGAUUUAAGUAUAUAUCGGUAUCGGCUUUGAAAAGCGUGAUCGGUGCAUCUCUAUGUAAAAGGCGCCAUAUUACGGGUACAGAGUGCUCACAGAGAAGUGGAGAGCACCUAUUUAUGUGCAUUCUCAGUUAUAGUUGUUGUAUAACUCCAUCCUGUCACAAUGUGCUUCAGUUCAUUUAUACAAACCGGUUUUCAGGUUCCUGCAUAGGCCUGAGCAGCAGAACUCAUCCUAUUCCACCCAGUAACUGGUUGAUCAAUAGACCUAAUUGAUACUCAUUGUGUCACUCACGCUUAAAGUAUACAGCUGCCCUUUUAUUUUCAGUACUUCUGCUGCCUGCUCUAAUGAGUGACCCAUCCAUCAAACACUAAAUCCCAUCUCGGACCGCGUAAGGCUCUAUGUCAACAUUAUGCUAAUCGGGUAAAGGUAACUGGCAGAUCGAUCAGGCCUCCCAGUUCACUGCUUCACUGGCUCACAGCCAAGCUCCUGCCCUAUCUGCUCAGAGCAAAGGUCACGCAAAGUCUCAAUCAAAUUUCCUUGAGAGGCAUUUGAUUUGUUGAGGAGAGGGAAGCGGGUCAGAGGGAGUGCAUGCCUUUCUGUUCACUGUGAAAUGGAAAACCUUUGCAGGUGGCUGGAGAUGCAUAUCUGCAAGAGGUCUAGCAUACAGAUAGGGGAGCUGAGAAACACAAACGCCUCACUUAAAUGCCACUUGUUCAAACAGAAGGAGUCCUUGUGGCCUGGUUAUUGUUCACAGGCUAACCAGUUCAAAGGAAGUUUUCACAUUGCAACCUUGAAUUUUCGUAUGCUUUUUAUGUGACAUAUCAACACAAAUUAGUGGACAAUUGUAAGUUUCAAAGAAAGAUGUGUGAGUUUCAAAAGUUUUACUAGUGAAAGUUUUUCAAGUGUGUCAUGAAUUUGUGCUCAGUCCCUUCUGAGUCAAAAACGUACAAAAAUCUUUUGAUACACAUUUAUAGAAUGACUUUUGCCUUCUCAUAGCAAAAUAUCUAAAGUUGAGUCAAAUUGGAUGUAGAGCAUUUAUGACUUUUCAAGACUUGCCGCAGACUCUCAGUUUGAUUUGAGUCUCUACUUUUUCAUCCUCUUCCACGUUUCAGGUUUGCUCAAACCAGCUUCUGCAGAAAAGAAUCCCAACAUCAUGAUGCAGCCACCAUCGUGUUUCAAUGUGGAUAUAGUGUGUUCAGUUAUGUGCAUUGUUUUAUCUCAGCCUCAUGUAGCCGUUAGCAUGUACACACACAGCACACUUUUCAGAAAUUUGUAAAUUCAAGUUUUGAAAAGUAAUUUUUCCUUCAUUUUGCAAUCAUUCACCACUGUUUGUUGGUCUCACACAAUAAUUAUUUUAAUGUAACACAAUGUUUAAAGUUCAAAGGGUAUAAAUACUUUUGCAAGACACUAACUAUACUUUAUGCCUUAUCUAUAUGUUAUAUGUUCACCUUUCACCAACGCAUCUCAAAUCUCAACUUGUUGCCAAAAAAUAUUUUUAGUUGCUGUCACGUUUUACACAAUUUACUCACUAUCUGCUUUUUUUUCCCCCUUUAGUUUGAGUUUUUCUCUUUCUACUUGAAUUCUUGAUAUGCAAGAUUGUGAGGAUGUGAAGUUACCACUCUUUGACAUUCUGCAGCGGGGUAACUACAAAGGCACAGAGUGGCAUUUAUGUGACAUACUGUGCAAAACUAUGCUAUGCACACCCAGUGUAGUAGUCGUUUUUGUAAAUGCGGAAAUUAUAGGAAGGGAUUGUCAGCAUCCAGACAGGGUUUUAUGUGUUUACAUAGAGCUCCAGCUGAAUGUACACAAGUUAUACUCGCAUUAACUUUAAAGGUAAUAUUGUCACUCCACCGCCCAGUUUAUCCAUUUUUUUUUCUAUUUUUUACAUUUUGUGCCUCUCUAACCAACUCAAUUAACUUGUUUCUUUUAUUUAAGCAAAUGGUCACUAAACUGGUUACUUCUCCUCUUUUCAGUUGAAACUAACUGCCUCCACCCAACAGCUGGUAGCAGGGGGAAUUUUCUUUUUCUUGUGCUUUCUUUUGCGUUCACUCUGAGUAACAAUGCUCCAAAUGAUUACUAGUCUCCAACAACCCCUCACUAGUGCAAUGUUUGAGCAUUUAUUGAUGACUUCUCCUAUCAAACCGUCCUGUUCUGGAAGGUAAAGCCAGAUAUCUUCCUUAAGACUUAAAGGUGUACUGCAGUUAACUGGAGGAUAAAACCGAUAGUCAUUGGUGACCUUCGGCUUGCUGCAUUGUUUAUGGUUGAGUUUUAUUCAACCUGUUCUAAGAUCUAAAACUGUUAAAAAUGUUUCUUAUCUGCAUAUGAUAUGAUUUAGACUAGCAAAUCUGUAUGUACAAAAAAAGGAAGAAAGACAUGAAAUUCAAGUAUUUUGUUGUAUGUACAUCAAAGAAAUUAAUUUUACACAAUGAAAAAGCAAAAUGGAACAGAUGUUUCUAGAUGAAUCAAUAAUGAACAUUCAUAAUAUUUCUUUUUAUGAAGAAAUAAAGUAUAUAUUUUACCAAACUAG